GGCCGAGUACCGCGAUUCGUGCCAUCUGGCAGUUCGGAGACGCACUACGUGUAGUGUGUCACCGUGCAGCUUAUAUAGUGUUUAACAUUUAUGUAUUCCCGAGUGUACGCGAUAGCCGCGUGCGUUAGACGUCGGACCGUCAUCCGCGCGAGCCGGGUUCGAUUCCCGGCGAGCAAGAUUUUUUUCUCGAUAUAUUAUUGAAGAGUGGGGGGAUUUAGGGUGGCCUCUGAGCUGGUAGAUGGCUCUGAAACUCGGCCACGCUAUUUAACAUUGUGCUCUUAUGGCAGCUUCCACUCUAUAUGAUCCUCUUUGGCCUAGUUUACAUCGUGCAUUUGGUACUGAAUGGGCACGUGACUCAAAUCUCUUUCUAUUGAUCCGAGAUUUAAAUUCGCAUCAAUGAUGGAUAAUUUAUAUGAAUUCAAUUAAUCAAGUCAAUCCGUACGAUAAUGUUUAACAUUAAUAUAUUGCAUUUCACACCUUAGAGAAACGACGUGCAGAAAUGAUCAACGUUGAAGCUAAAUGUUCGUUCUUUGCGAUCUUUGAGGUUAGGAGCCCGUGUUGUUGGUAAAUAAGCAGGUGAUUUAUUUAUGAGUAUGAAAAGAAUCAAAAUCGUGCCGGACAGGCCGAAUCGCCUAUUCGAGAGCUGGUUGGACGAAUGGAGGCAGGAAGCGGUGCACCGAAAUUCAGAACUACAAGGUCACUUCACGAAAGCUUUGGACUCGUUGAGACGGUAUCCGCUGCCGUUGGAGUCCGGCAAGGAGUGCAUAAUAUUGCAGCACUUCGGCACAAAGCUGUGCUCGAUGCUGGAUAAAAAGCUGGAGGUGCACAGGAGGCAGGAAUCUAGUAAAGCGGUUGAUGCUGGCCUUCCCGAGGCCGAUAGUAAAGACGAUCGUACAGCUACGUUGAGAAAGGAACCUGAAGAAGAAUGUAAACUAGUUGAGGCACGGGAAGAGGCAACGGUGGUUAAACAGGCUAGAAAUACUAAAAAGAAUGCGUCGAAAAGACUGGUGGACGCAAAUGAGGUUCCACCGAGAGAAGCCGACAGGCAAAUUUCUUUGGAACCUGGCGUCUUUGAUAUCAUAUUAUUGGUGGACACCCAAGAGACUUGUGGUGGAAAAACAAAGCCUCAGCACGAUGCCACGCUUACGGAGUUGACGCAACUUGGUGUAUCCUUUGAAGUUCGUCGUUUGAAAGUCGGUGACUUUGCGUGGAUAGCCAGAUGCCGAAAAACUAAUGAUGAAUUGAUUUUGCCUCACAUAAUAGAGAGAAAGCGAAUGGAUGAUUUAAGUGCCAGCAUCGUGGAUGGAAGGUUUCACGAACAAAAGUUUCGAUUGAAGCAGUCUGGUAUUGAGAAUUUGAUGUACAUAGUUGAGAAUAUCGAUAAGAACGCCCGAUUUUCUAUACCGCUCCCAUCACUAUAUCAAGCCUCUGUUAAUUGUCUGGUACAAGACGGCUUUACCGUAAAAUAUACAAGGAAUCAUAAAGAUUCUAUGUCGUACUUGUCAUGUAUAACAAAGAUUUUAAUUCAAAUUUAUAAGCAUAAAAGACUCGUUGGAUGCAAGAAAGACCGUCUCAUACGAACAGAUAAUGUAGGUAGUACAGUACAUCUGAUGGAGUUCAAAGAAUUCAAUAAAGCAUCCUCUAAACAAAGGACGUUUAAAGUGAGUGAAAUGUUUAUUACUCAGUUGCUACAAUUGAAAGGCAUGUCUGUGGACAAAGCCACGGCGAUUGUAGAACGUUAUGCCUCGCCGCAAAUUUUGAUCACAGCCUUAGAAAAUGCUGGUAAGAAUGGCGAGCAAUUAUUAACGAACAUUCAGUUUGGUGACAAAAAACGACGGCUUGGGCCUGUCAUCAGUAAGGCCGUUUAUCAGCUUUACACGAUGAACGAGUUGAGUUGACUAAUAAAAAUAUACAAUUUAUAUACCUCUUACCUGAUACAUGUUCAACCUACUUGUCGACGAUAUUCCACUUUCGCAUAUUUUUAUAUAUUUUUUAUUGUUGUUGUCAAAACUUCAUGUAUUUCUAAAUACUUCUGGUAGAAAAAAUAUCAUGAUUUUUGUAUAAAGCUUUAAAAAAAUAUUGUAAUAAAACUGAAACUAAUUGUGCAUCAAGAAUUUUCAGAUUUGUUUGUUUUUCAAAGAUGUAAAUAAAGUAAUUAAGUAUGAGUGGUCAUGUAGUUUCUACAUAUCGUAACCAAUGUAUAUCACAUGUUAUUUUCUAUAAAAAUAAUUUUUUCUCGUA